AUGUUCCACAGGUCCCCAGAGGCGCGGCAGGCCGUGUCUGCAGACAAUGCCUCGGUCUGUUUUGCCAUUGGCUAUGACAAGAACUGGGAGGGCGCGGUGUCUCACCUAAACACGCUCCUAAGUGCCCAAGGAAGUCCGAGCUACGCAGGGCCCAAGUUCAGCGAACCACCAUCGCCCAGCGUCCUGCCCAAGCCCCCCAGUCACUGGGUGCCCUUUCCAAUGGGCGCCUGUGACAGCAGGGAGACCAUGGCGUUCCAGCUCAAGAGCCUUCUGAAGUGGUAA